GUGUGCGGCGCCUUCCGCUUUUGUAUUGUUUGGCCCGCCUUUACUGAGGGAAUUGGCAGUGGUUGAUGUAUUGUUGCGGGGAAAUUAUUAACUAGAAAUGGGAGGGGAUGAGAGUGAUGGCGGCUUUUACAGGAAGACGAGGGAGCCCAUGAGGCUUUGGUACAGGUGUACUGAACGCAUUUUAGGACUUCUUCCGGAAAACGUGCUUUUAAGCAUCUCUCCUGCUAGUAUGAGAGCCCAGUCCUCUACUCUCUCUUUUCAGCCGUCAGCCAUACGAAAUCAGCCCUCUGUCUUACUCCUUCUGCCCUCUUCCUUCCGCCCUCAGCCUUCCACACUCCCUGCUCAGCUCUCUACCCUCUUUCCUCAGCACUCAGCCUUCUGCUUUACCUGUUCAUCCCUCUGCACUUCGCCCUUCGCUCUCCCCCUCAGAACUCAUCUGUCAGUCUUCUCUCUAAGCUUUCAGUCCGAGAAAGCGGAAAUGUGUUUAAAACAUCUCUAUGGCGAAGUGCGGAGGGAUGAAGAAGUAAAGAGGAAGACUGAGGGUAGAGGGCGGAGGACUAAAGGCAGAGUUCGUAUGGCAGUUGAGAAGUGAGGGUAGAGGACAGAGGUAUGACUGCAGAUUUGGAGGAUGAGUGUGGGUAAAAGCACCCGAUGCAGUAUUCCUAAGCUGUAGGAAAUCGCAUGGAGGACAGGUAUUUCGCCGGAGGAUGUCCUAAAAUGCGUUCCAUACAGGUGGUUCAAGAAGGCAGCUGGUUGAGGCGGCUGAAAUCAAUAUAGAACUUAACUGGGCUGUCUAUAUAGCAGGAGAGAUGCUUAAAAGCAUGUAGAAAAUGGCCGAACUGAGGAUCAUUACAGUAUAGACGACAAUAUGGAUCAUUACAGUCUAGUAGACAAGUCAAGAGUGGAAGCAUACAGAAGAGACCCUGUCUGGACAUUGAAAGACCUGCUCCCCUGGAUGUCAAUAACUACAGCUUCCACUCUAUACUUGGACGAGGAGGCUUUGGCUGGGUGAUGUUGGCUUCUUUUAGGCCAAAGAAACAACUCGUGGCAAUGAAGAUCUUGACGAAGGAGUCUGAGAAGAACGACUGCCAUGACAUCGCUAAAGAGGCCCGUCUACUGAAGAUCAGCAGAGAAUGUGCAUUUUUAUGCCAAUCUUAUGCAGUUUUUCAGUCAGAGCUGGAAGCCUUCUUUGUCCUGGAAUAUGCCAGUGGGAAGUCUUUAGGGCAAAUGAUUUCGCAUGAAGGAAAGCUACCAACAUCAAGAAUCAGGUUCUACACAGCAGAGAUGGUGGUUGCCCUCCAGUUCCUACAUUCCAAGGGAAUCAUUCAUCGUGAUCUCAAGCCGGACAACAUAUUGAUUGAUAAAGAUGGCCAUAUAAAGAUCUGUGACUUUGGUAUUGCGGAAGAAAACAUCAUUGGCCAGAGGAAGACCAACGGCUUGGCAGGAACCCCUGGAUACCGGGCACCAGAGAUUCUAUCAUAUGAGGACUACAAUGCAGCUGUGGAUUGGUGGUCUUUUGGGGUUACAAUGUACAAAAUGGCCACAGGAGUCUUGCCGUUUUCUGCAGCAGGCAGCAUUCAAAAACAGCGUUUGGUAAUUAUUAUGAAACCACCAAAUUACCCGUGUGAUAUGAGCGAGGAAAUGCUGGACCUCCUGCCUAAGCUUUUGGAGAUUAAUGAGACUGAACGGAUUGGACUGAAUGGUAACAUCAGGGAGCAUGCUUUCUACAGCACCAUCAACUGGGAAGAUCUGGAGAACCGAAGACUGGAGACCCCUUUUCAGCCAGGAAUGCCACCUGUAGACGACUUCGAAGAAUUUCCAAUAACGUUCUCUCGUCAAAGUUCCAGUGAAAAAUACAAUCUGAAAGAUUUCUCCGAAGUGAAUCCCAACUGGAAUUGGCAGGAGUAAGGCAUUACCUUUGUUCUAACAUGGGACACCAUCUUUAGUUGCUGCCUGUAACAACCUGAGAAUAUUAACAUCAUACCAUCUUUGGCAAGCUCCACCCCUAAACAACCAAUCCACCUGUAUUGCUAAACCUAAACCAUCUCCUGUGAAUGUCACCUGGUUCUACCAUCAACACCAGCACCAGACAGGAUCUUUGACUGUAGCUUCUAAAGGAUGGAAAUAGAAAGGUACUGUGGUGAGUUUACAUCUUGAAUGAAGAGUACUAAAUAAAACCAGUUUACCCCCACCCCCAAACUUCUGCCUCCCUCCUAUUCCCUUACCCGUGAUUAACCCUCAUCCUAAGUGGCUCACGCCAGUGGCAUUAUUAUAAAGGAAGUAGACCCCCAUGGCCGCGGGGGGCCCGGUCUACUACCUUUAUACUGUCUCUCUUCUACUCCCUUAUCCCUGAUUUCCCUCAUCCUGGUCAGUAAACCACACCCAAACCUCUGUCACUCUCUUAUUCCCUCACCUAUGAUUAUCCCCUUUCCUAAAUGGGCCACGCCAGUGGCAUAAUUAUAAAGGAAGUAGACCCCAUGGCCGCGGGGGGCCCAGGUCUACUUCCUCUAUACUGUUUCCUCCUACUCCCUUUCCUCUGAUUUCCCUCAAUCCUAAUCAUUACACAACACCUCAAACAUCUGCCUUCCUCCUAUUCCUUUACCUAAGCAGUGGUGUAACUAUAAAGGAAGCAGACAUCCUGGCCGCGGGGGGCCCAGGUCUACUUCCUCUAUACUGUCUCCCUUCUGCUCCCUUAUCCCCGAUUUCCCUCCUUCCUAAUCACUACUAAACUCCUGCCUCUUUCCUAUUCCCUUACCUGUGAUGACAUAACUAUAAAGAAAGCAGACCCUGUGGUCGCGGGGGGCCAAGGUCUACUUUCUCUAUGCGGUCUCCUCCUACUCCUUUUCCAGCCCCAUUCUCUAUUUUCUCCCAGCACCGUUCCAUACCCGUUCCCAUUUUCUGUGUAUGUGUGUUCUGUGCGAGUAUGUGUGCUGUGUGUGUAUGAGUACUGUGUGUAUGAGUG